AUGUCUUCUAAUCAACCGUUCGUUGUUUUCGAGGGAUCCAGAAACUUUAGACUGCGGAUAGUUUUAGCGACGUUAUCAGGAAAAGCUAUAAAGAUUGUAAAGAUUCGUUCAAGUGAUCUGAACCCAGGUUUAAGAGAUCACGAAGUAUCUUUUUUAAGACUAAUAGAAUCAGUUACAAAUGGUAGUAACAUCGAAAUCUCAUAUACCGGUACAACGAUAAUUUAUAGGCCUGGUAUCAUUAUAGGUGGAUCCGUAACACACAAUUGUUCAAAAGAUAGACCGGUUGGGUACUUUGUGGAACCACUGUUGUAUUUGGCUCCCUUUUCGAAAAAAAAGUUUUCUAUAAUGCUCAGAGGCAUUACGUCUUCGCAUAACGAUGCAGGUGUUGAAGCAAUAAAAUGGGGGUUAAUGCCAGUGAUGGAAAAAUUUGGAGUCAGAGAGUGUGCUUUACACACGUUGAAAAGAGGUGCACCACCCCUUGGCGGUGGUGAAGUCCACUUAAUCGUGGACUCUUUGAUAGCUCAGCCUAUCACAAUGCAUGAGCUAGACAGGCCGUCUAUAUCUUCCAUAAGAGGAGUUGCAUAUUCAACAAGAGUGAGUCCUUCUAUGGUGAGUCGAAUGAUUGACGGGGCUAAAAGGGUACUGAAACAGGUAGGAUGUGAAGUUAAUAUCACUGCGGAUGUAUGGAGAGGUGAGAAUUCUGGUAAAAGUCCAGGAUGGGGCAUCACUUUAGUUGCAUCAAACAAAAAAGGUUGGUGUUAUUUUUCUGAGAAGAUAGGUGACGCUGGUGCUAUUCCGGAAGAUGUUGGAGCAACAGUAGCGUAUCAUCUAUUGGAAGAAAUUUCGAAAAGCGGAGCCGUUGGUAGGAACCAACUUGCCCUUGCCAUAGUCUAUAUGGUCAUUGGCAAGGAAGAUAUUGGAAGACUUAGAAUCACAAAAGAACAGGUUGACGAAAAAUUCAUUCACCUACUAAGAGACAUAAAAAGUAUUUUUGGCACAGAAGUUUACUUGAAGCCUGUUGAUGAUGGUACAACUGAUUUCAUUGCUACUGUAAAGGGUAUCGGUUUCACAAACACAAGCAAAAAAAUAGUAUAG